AUGGCUAGCCCUCCUGUACUAGUUUUCGAUACUGAGGGACGUCCAGUGAAAUUUGACACCUGGCUAGAUGACCUGCACCUUUUCCUACAGCUCACUGCCAAGGAGGACAUCUCACUGUACGAUCACGCCCUAGGCCAUGCCACUGCACCUGCUACUACUGCUGACAGCUCUACCCGCUCACAGUGGCAGACUCGUGACGCCCACGCUCGCUUUGCUAUUCGCAACUCCCUGCCGAUAGAUGAGCGCGAGCACUUUGGCCAGCACAAGACUGCACAGGACCUGUACAAAGCUGUCGUUGCCCGCUACUCCUCGCCUGCCUCUGCCGCUCUAGGCCGUCUCUCGCUUCCCUACCUGUUCCCCGACCUGUCCUCUUUCCACACAGUCGCUGACCUCAUCACGCACCUCCGCACUAGUGAGGCCCGCUUCCGUGCUGCCAUGCCCGCCGAGUUCCUUGCCAAGAACCCUCCCCCGCUCUGGCUCGCUCUCUACCACCUAGUCCGCCUGACUCUCUGCGUGCCUCUCGUGGCGACCCCCGCACCCCGUUCUUUGAGGGGUGUUCUCCUUCCCCCCUUCUUCCCUCUGUCGCCUCUGCUGCUGCUGUCGACCUCCUUGGUGCUGAGAAGGUCGGGACUGCGUCUGCUUCGAGCGGACGCCGCAGCGGCAAGGGCAAAGGGGGCAAGGGAGGCGGAGGUGACGGUGGGGGAGGAGGUGGUGGGGGCGGUGGCGGCGGUGGGGGUGGUGGCGGGGCUGGAGGGGCGAGUGGCGGCGGUGGGGGUGGUGGCGGCAGCGGCGGGGGAAGUGGCAGGGGCUGGGGCGAUGGUGGGGGUGGCGGUGGACGCGGCGGCGGCAGGGGUUGGGGUGGUCGAGGAGGUGGGGGCGGAGGUGGUGGUCGUGGAGGCGCAGGCGGCGGUCCGAGCCAGCCGCCCACUCCGUCGCCCCAGGAGGUCCGUGAGUGGUACGCUCAGCACGGGGGGGGGGGGGGGGGGGGGUGGCUUUACCUGCACGUAUGUCAUUCGCACUGGUGACCGCACUGGUCAGCAGUGUGGGGGACCGCACGCCACGCAGCGCUGCUUCGCUCGCCUCAACGACGCUUGGCGUGUUCAGUUCCCUCAGGCCACUGAGUUGCCCCGCUAG